AUGUGCAUUGAAAUGACAUUUGUGGUAACAGUCUGGCAGUGAAUCGCGAGUGGUUUUGUUUACUUUAUCUUGUGCUGUAUGCUGAUUGCAAUAUGACGCUAAUUGGAAAAGAUCGACUUGACCCGCACAACAUUGAAUCGUUUAUAAAUGAUCACCUUCGAGAGGAUCUCAAAACGUACGAGCAACAUCUGAAUCGCUUAAAUGGCGACAUUAUGGAAUAUGUCCAGCUCAAGAAUAUGAUAGAAAAUCUGCAGGAUAACACAAAGGGUGGAUUCAAAACUCAAGUAAACAUCGGAGGAAAUUUCUUCAUGAAGGCGAAGGCGGAAAAGGUGGACAAAAUUUUGGUUGAUAUUGGGCUGAAACACUAUCUGGAAUUUACCUUGGAAGAGGCACUGAAAUUUGUAGACAUGAAAAUCAAAAUUCUUACCAAACAGUCCGAUGUAAUACGCGACCAGAGUGUCCAGACUAGAGCGAAUAUUAAGCUUGCGCUGCUGGUGAUUGGAGACACGAACCAGCUCUAUGCCAACGCCGAACGGUGAAAUUGUUGCGAAAAAAGUAAUACAAAAAUUAUCGCGCCCUUCUUGAUGUAAUUCUUUCUUAUGUUAAUGUAUCUUGAGUAUAUUGUUAACUAUAAUAAAGUGAUUGUUGUACUUUCAA